ACAAACAUCAGUGUCAGAUGUCAGAGGGAUCAGCUGUGAAAAUGAGUUUUAAUAAUAUAGAAAUUAAUUGAUUCCUUUGUUAUUUAGUUGUAAAUAUUUUGUCUAAAUCGUAUUACCUGCAAUAUUUAAUGAUUGUUCUAAAAACAAAAUUCAAAAAUGAGUGACAAAAGAAAUGAAAAGCCAGGAGAGGGUUUAAGAUCUCUAAGGUCUACAACAGCCUUUCGUGUUAUCAAUUUUGAAUUGUAUGCAAAACCUAAUAUUGUUAUAAUGGGCUUGGGCAUAACAUGUUUUGGUCUAGCUCUUGGUUAUAUUGCAUACAUGCGACAAAAGUACGAGUCAAUGGGCUACUACUCAGCAAUUGAUAAAGAAGGCAAGGAAGUUUUUGAAAAGAAGAAAUCUAAAUGGGAUUAGUUCAAAUGUACAAAUUAUAUUAAAUUAUAAUUAGUGUGUAAAUUCUAGAAAUAAAAGCCAUAGUUAAUUUA